UAUUUUUUUUCCGGAACGACGUCGUGUUCUGGUUGCCUACCUCGGUGCAGAGCUGGGUUUCUCUGUAAGUUUCCAGCGUUGGAUGGAGCUCCAAAACCCUAAUCAAAUAAACUGUGUCUCUUACAGGUCUAGCUAGAUUCGAGCUGAUAGUAACCGGCAAGAUGGACGCGUGGCAGAUAGUUUACGUGCCAGACAAGCCCCCAAUCCCGCCCGACCAACAGUCCACCGUGGAUGUGAUUGCUACAGUGAUUGAGCCAAGGCUUGCCAACACUCUUGUGAGGCGUUUAAAUCAAAUUGUGCCGCUGGAAAAUCUUCGGCAUGUGAAGCGGCUAAGGUGGCGAAUGGCUUACUUGGCAGGAAAAACUCUGCUAUGCUUGAUAUUAUGUCUAGCUUCCGAACAUGGCGACCAGUUUGACAGUAUUCCUCAUGAAGUUCAGGAGUUAAUCAGUCCCCACAAGUUGAGUACCUUCGUUACAAAAGUAUGCAAAUAUGCUGCAACAUCAAAAGAAGAAUGGGAAGAACAAUGUAAGCUAUGGCCAACGUCUUUUCAUCCCCCUACCUAUAGCAUUGAUGGUAUUACUGGAUUCAGCGAAGAGGACUCUCGUUCAGUUUUCAGCUUCAUGAACUCUGCCAUUCAGUUGGCAAAAUCUGGUGGUGGUUCGGUUGUCAAUGCUGCAGUUAUAGUGGAUCCUUCAGCUAAAAUAGUAAUUGCCACUGCACGUGAUCAAAUUUACUCAUGGCAUGCUCCAAAAGACGAGGCAAUCCUAGAAACCAGCUGCUCUGAACGGCCAUUUGCUUCUCAUAUUGAUUCCAAUGGAGUGAUGAGCUGUGAAACACCAGGAGGUUUUCCAGAUGAUUCCAAACAAUUAUAUGAUGAUGUUUCUUGUCUAUAUCCUUGGCGGUGGGCCGAACAAAAAACAGAUAUGAGUUCUUGUUGUUGGCAUCCUUUGCGUCAUGCUGCUAUUGUUGCUAUCGAAUCCUCUGCUUCCAGGGAUAGACGCCUAUACCCCAGUUCAGGUGAUAUCCAAGAUAAGCUUGUUGAUAUGAACAGUGCUCAUUCUUCUUCAACAGGCUCUCCUGCAAAAAGGCAAAAGACAAAUUUAACAGAUGUGAAGAGUGAUUGGAAAUUGGAAACUUGCUGUGAAGGUUCACAUUCUUUAGCAGCCAGACCUUAUCUAUGUACUGGUUAUGACAUCUUCCUUGUUUGGGAGCCAUGUGCUAUGUGUGCAAUGGCACUUGUCCAUCAGAGAAUCAGGCGUAUAUUCUUUGCUUUCCCGAACCCCAACGCUGGGGCAGUAGGUAGUGUGUACAGACUACAAGGGGAAAAAAGCUUGAAUCAUCAUUAUGCCGUAUUCAGAGUCUUGGUGCCUGCACAAGUCCUUGAUGGAGCUGAGACUUGCCAUGGACAACCCACUUCGACUGUGGUCGAUAAUUAUGGGAUCUAAUAUUGCGAAGAAUGGAUCUCAACUAUAAGAAAACUUAUUUCUCAGAGAUUUGCCUGUAAGACUUAUCUGGUUAAAUUCACAGAGAACCUUUUUGCUUUAAAGACGCUUGGAUAGAUAAUUUUGUUUCUUAUACUUUAGCUCCUAUGCUUUCUUUUUUACCCAUAUGUACUGAAUUUGAUAAAGUUUUGAUACAAGCUGAAGUUAUAUA